UCCCCAAAUUUUCAACUUCAAAAAGUUUGCACAAAAACACAUGGCACCACCUCCAACCUCUUCACUUCCCAAUCUUAACAAAAGCAAAAAUACCCACAAAAAAUCUUCACCAUUCCCUCAAUAUUUAAGUACAACAUCACCAACACUUACCCAUUAUUGUUCAUAAAGCAAAAAGUAUCACCCAAUCAAAACCAAAAUAAAAAUAAUAACCACAAUAAAAAACACAGACAUAGAUUUUGUUGGAAAACAAAGGGCAAAGGAAGCAGCUACCAGGAAGCUCACCAAAAUCAAGAUGUUGCUCAUGCUCCCACGUUUCACAUCCACAUCUUAUAAAUACCGACAACAAUGUUCUCGACAUCACUACUACAACCGUUAGCUAUUACAAUUCACAACACUGCCGAAAACGUUUUAUAAUUUAACUGUAACAUUACUCAAAUUUCAAAGCUUGGACACUGAUUUUGCAUGGAAAUGCCACCUUCCAGUUCGACCCGUGUUGGUGCUGCGUCUUCUGCAUACAGAGGAGUCCGCAAGAGAAAAUGGGGCAAGUGGGUCUCCGAAAUCCGCGAGCCGGGAACCAAGACCCGAAUUUGGCUCGGAAGUUUCGAGACGCCGGAGAUGGCCGCCGCCGCCUACGACGUGGCGGCGUUGCAUUUCCGUGGCCGCGACGCCAGGCUCAACUUCCCCGAGCUCGCAAGCACGCUGCCACGCCCCGUCAGCAACAAUGCCGACCACAUACGCAUGGCGGCGCACGAGGCGGCCCUGAGGCUCCGCACCAACCCCGCCCCGCCGGAGACUGAGAUAGGAGGCGGUUCCUCGACGGCGCCGCCGCUGACGGUGAGACUCUCCCCCACUCAGAUUCAGGCCAUCAAUGACUGCCCCAUGGACUCCCCUCAGACGUGGAUGCAAAUGCCGGACACUUUCAUGAUGCACGAUCAAUCCAUGAUGUUUGCAAAUGGGUAUGCCUUUGAAGACAACGAGUGGGAGGAUAUGCAGAAUGAUUCUCUCUGGGAUCCUUAGAUACGUACAUACAGACAUAUACCUAGAUACAUACUUACUUACAUUCACACGGUAUACCACCAACAGUGAAGAAUACACCACAUACGAUAUACCAGUAUUUGCUAUUAGUUUAUUGUGGUUACGUUACGUUUCAUUACAUUAUAUCCUGUGACUAAUCAAUUAAUUAAGGUGAGGUGACAACAACGGUGACACUGACGCCAUGUCUCUCCAUUUGACCAGUCCUAGGUUUUGAAAAUAAGAGGCGUGGAGGAACAUGCCACCAUGCCAUUGCUUCCUUUUUCUUUUUGUUCUUUCCUCCAUGGAAGUACCUAGACUAGCUCCUGGAGAUGAAUUAGCAAGAAAAGAUCACACUUUGGAGGGACCCAGUAGAGAUUAGUGUAACUAUUUGUUGUGGGAGAGAUUUGUUUAAUUAAAGAUUUUUCAUUUAGUAUUAGUGGGUGGGAUUUGUUCUGUGUAACAGAUAAGCCACGAACUCUGUUUAUUGGCUGUGUUUUAUAGGCUGUGGAAGAGUGUAGUGUGGUUUUAUUCUAUUAGUAAAUAGAUUCAGCUUAUGUAUUGGAUUGGAACUCCAUUAAUAUACUUUCUUCUCAGAUUUAUCCAACUUCUUCCACUUCAUUGCUUUGGUUUUCAUCCUACCAUCGAAAAAAAGGCACCACCUUUUUUUUUCACAG